AGAGCCGAUUCCUUUUACGGAGCGAACCCACUUCCUUCCCUCUUUCCUUGUUCACGAGGCAGCAACGACGCAACAGGUCGAGCUGGACUUGCAUCAACGAUAUGCAUAUGUAUAGCGACAACAUCAUUGCAAACAAGUAAUUCAUUAUCUUAUCUUUUUUAAGCCGUGCUUAAUAAAAGUUCGAAGCGAUCGUUGUCUCGCUUUCACACGCGUAAAUGUACUAUCGUCUUUCCUCUCACGCGCCCUCCAAAAAGCAAGCAUUUCUCUCACUAUACAUUCAUUUGUUUUGAUCCACCCGGCUAAUAGAAAGAAACAACGACAAGAAGAAGCUGUUUUCCUUCUGUUCUACGAAGUCCAUUAGCGCAUACUUCAUGCCUCGCACCGGCGUGUUCACCUCCCCCCAGGGGCGGCAACGCAUCCGCGACUCGUACUACGCCGCCUCCGAGAAAGAAGCUGGCGUGGCGCAUCUCUGGCAUCUGCAGCAGCUCGCCGACAUUCGCUUCAACCCGAGCCACACCAUUCAAGAUCUGCCGGAGGUCGACUUCCAAAGCCCUGACAGCCCCGCAGACGCCUACCGAGAACUCUUUGCCCAUCGCUAUGCCCAACAGGUGCGGCACGAUGACGCGAAGGUGCACGAGCAAAACAGAACAGUGUACCGCCACCUCGUCCUCGCCUCCGACGACGACGCACGUCGGGUACGGCACAUGAACCUGGUGCCCACUGCAAACCAAGUGAAGAGCUUCGACAACAUCGAGCAGCAGACGGUGCACCGCACAAAACACCGCGAGCGCAGGCAGCGUGUGCUAGCGGAGGAAAACAAGAGGCUGCUGGAGCACUUAAUUCGCGUCCCACCGCACGUGCGGACGGCGAAGGAGCUCGACGCGUGGCACCACACGGUACACCAAAAGCGUCUCGUGCAGUUGUCGAAGUUCAGGCCGGCGGAAGAGUACGCCGGGGCACGGCUGCUGGAGGGCCGGUCGCGCGACGGCGCGGGGAAAAAACGGAGGAACUACGGUGUGGCGCCGCCGCUGGUGUGUGGUCGGCCCUACCCCCCACCCCCCCUCGCCGAGUACGCCCGCACGGCCCCGUCAUCGCUGCAGCCUGCCGGGUUCGCGACGAGCUUCAACGGUGUGCUGCUGCACGACGCAGGUGACGCCGCCGGCUCUGGUCGCCGCCUGCGUCGGCCGGACUGGCAGCCCCUCUCCGCGACGGACAUCCCUCUUCUGCACUACGGGGCGGACCAGCAGCUGCGCGGACGUUCCAACAACGAUAAUAGCAGCAGCACCAGCCGCGGAGGGAAGGGCCCGUCGGCGCAGCGGGAGCUGUGUCCAUCGCCGCAAAACACCUCGCCGGGCCGAAUCGCCAUCCUGAACGUGUCGACCGCCGGCACCGACACCACAGCGAAGCAGCUCUGCAGCCUUCGCGAUCAGGGGGCGGUGGUGGAGGGGGACGAGGAUGACGGCGGUGGCGGCGUCGACGCCGACAGAAAGAAGAGUCGCGGUCGCAACGUGAGCGAUGUGCGUCGCGUCACGGCUGAAGAGGAGGGGGGCGUCACGCAGCUCUGGCGGCACGCGGUGCAGGGCCGCUACCACAGUGGUUGUGGUACUGCCACGAGUAACUACAGCAGCAGCAGAGGACGGUCGGCCCCUUCGACGCGCUCCUAUGAGGCGGAGGAAGGUAGGCGGAGAGGAAGCGGCGGGGAAGAGAAAGCGGAGGUCUGCGCCUCCGCGCCGUGGACGCCGGCGCCACAGCCGCAGUUAUCUCGAUCAACUCCGCAGCGACUGCGACGGCGACCGCAGCAGCGGACUUCUUCGGCAGAGCCGGAUGCGGACGAGCAGCCGCAACAGCAGCAGCGUCUCUCGAAGAAGGCUUCUCGCCCCUCUUCCAGUGUGCGUUCUCCUUCGGACGCCAUCGGCGCUGCAGUCACCGCCGCCCCGCCAAACGAGCGCGGCUGUGCAAAGGGAAAAGACACGCAGGCGUCUUCCUCUUCUACGAGGAACGACGUCGACGAAGCGGCGGCGCUGAAGGAGUUGAUGGAGGGGUGGUGUCGACGUAGCAGGGCGAGUGACACCGCGUAUGCACCUCUUUAG